UUUGAAUGAGGGGGCUGGAAAAGUUCCCAUGAGCAGCUCCGGCUCUGGUUGCCACUUAUCCUCCAUCCAAUCGGGGGCGUGUAAAUGCUUCACGAGGCGUUUCCUCUGGUGUGUUCGUGGAUCUGAAGGCCCCUUUGAGGGAGAUCAGUUCGAAGCCGAGGCGCGGGUGGCUGCAGGAUCCCCCUCGCAUCCUCUCUGCUCAACUCAACAGCGGACGAACUUUUCCAUCUUUUUAUACACAUUUACUGCGGAGCUGGGUUGUGCUUUGGUAUUUUUUAAUGUCAAAGUAACUUUUUUUAAUUGUCGUAUUUUUAAGGUCUGGCGGGGGACUCAAUUACCGCCGAGUUGACACACAUUUCCACCGGACGGCAGUGCAUCCUGUCCCGGGAAGAGGUUUGCAGUAACACCCCGUUUGGACGUUGAUUGCAACAAACCCCGAGGACGAAAACAACUCGUAAGGAAGUUACAAUCUGGAACUAUUUCUCUGUCGAAAUCUGCGUUUCAGUCGCUGGACUUUUGCAACUUUUUUUUUUUUUUUAACUAGAAAUGGUUGGCAGGUUGAACUUGCCAAAUGCAUGUGAAGGAGAUCCACUGGAUAUGAGCUGCAGGGCUGAUAGAGGACUUGACAGCCCGGACUCCGGGUUACCCCCGAGUCCGAGCCCCAGCGCAUGGCUGCUGCCGGUGUGCGCGGACAAACCCGGGGGCGUGAGCCCGGUGUCUGAAGACGAGGGAAGGGGCUCUUUGGUUCCAGUUAUACCCUCUGGCUCGUUCCAGCAGCUACACCCACUGUCCUACGGGGAAGGCAUAGCACUUGAUCCGUUACCGUCGAAGGAAAUAAGGUUUACCUCAUCCGUGCACUACGGCUCGGACCGCCACUUCAUCCAGGGCGUGGCCCUGCAGCCCACGGGCCAGGGCCUUGAACACUGCAGGCAGACCAUUAUGGCCGUGCCCCACAGUACCUGGCGCCACUACAAGACACAGCUGGAUUUCCAGCCUCGCCAUCGGCCACAGUGCUUCAAGAGCACCACCAUUGUCUACCCCAAGAAAACCAGUGCCCUCUACACCACAGAGCUGAGCUACGACUGCCACCGACUAUCCAAACGUUUCUUCUCCAGUGUGGAGCUGGAGGCGGCCGGUCGCAGAGAGCUACCUCAGUGAGGGAGGGGACAGGUGGCUGGAGACACGCAGCCCCUAUACUGUAGCUCCCCCCCCCCCCUCCCC